AUGAAAUGGUGCAUUCUUCCACCCACGUUCCUCUCUUUCCCCGACCUCCUCCUCGUCCUCUCUAUUCUGAACUUUCCUGAACGUUCGUUAAAAUUUGUCGCGUUCUUUCUAGAUGGUUACGAAGCACAAUUCGCAAGCUUGAUGCCUCCAGAGGAAGAGCAACAACCAACAAGAAUAACAUCGUCUCGCCUCAAAGGAAAUCCUGAUCUAGCAUCCCGUGCCAAGGAUGAGAAAGCAGCAGAGCAAUCUUUGCAAUCUUCGCGGUCAACCCAGCAAAACCAAGACCUUAACAAGCGAAUCAAGAAAAUCGAACACUUUAUCAAUGGCAUUACACAGGAUGGCUUUGUCGACGUAUUGACCGAAAACGCGACAUUACUGAGCGAAACCACAGCUCUCAAAUACAAGAUCCAAGAAUUAGAGGAAACCCUGGAGAACAUGCAAGCUCGUCUAGAUGAACUGUGCAAGGAAAGGCAGGUUUCUACCAUCCAGAACAACCCAGCGCGCAAGAAACGGGCAAUGCCACAAUGA